AUGACAUCUACAGAGGUUAGAUACUCCCCUAUCAGGAAAUUGUGUCUGGCUUUAUUUUUUGCCUGCACUAAGUUAAGACACUAUCUGCUUAGCAAUAGAGUUUAUGUGAUGUCUGAAACUGAUUUAAUGAAAUACAUGCUAAACAAACGAGUUUUAUCUGGAAACAUAGGAAAAUGGUUGUUAAGUUUGGCAGACUUUAAUUUGAUUUAUCAUCCCCAGAAGUCGGUCAAAGGUCAGGCUUUAGCAGAUUUCCUAGCCGACCAUCCAUGUGUAGACCUAGGAGAUGAAAGUAAAUUUGAUCUACCGGUUUUUAUGAAUGAAAAAAGACCGUGGAUACAUAAAUUUGAUGGGUCUAGUACAGAUAGAUCUGCUGGAGCAGGAAUUGUAAUAGUGUCACCUUCUGGAGCUAAAACCUCUUUAUCUUUUAAUCUGGAUUUUGAUUGUACAAAUAAUCAGUCUGAAUAUGAAGCUUUAGUUAUUGGAUGGAAAUUCUCCUAG